AUGAACUGCAUUGGGCAACUGUUUGGACAGGUUGCCACGAAUAAUUCACCUCAAUACCACUCAGUCAUACCACGCAAUAAUCUUACAUCUACUCAAAAGAAUGAUAUAUUCAAAUCUCUGGCGAAAUACGAAUCCCAAUAUAAUGCCAAUGAAUCUAUGAUCAAGCAAAGUUACACAUGGACAUACGGAACUUAUCAUACGGUUUAUAAAGGCAAUACAGUUCAUCGAACACGCAAUGCAGCUGAGUAUGCAGUUAAUUUAUUCGACAGUGGUAAUGUUACAAUGGAGAAGCGCGGAUUUGACGUCCUACGCAAACUUCUGUCCUUACAAGACACCAAUUCAAGNGGCCUUUUCGGCUAA